UAUCGGAGGCCGCACAGCACAUCCCAUCUCGAAAAUACGGUUUUGUAUCGCACCGUACGAGCUGUACGAGAUGGAUGGUCUCCCUCAAUCAAAUGAAUGCUGCAUUAGGCGAUCAGCACAAAGCURGAUUACUGGACAAUCACGGCAAGGAAUCACUGCUACCAACAGACGCUUCAAGUAGCACGCAAAAAGAUGGUCUUCUACUACACCAUCCGUGGAGGACAGUGCAAGAACAGUCACUCGCACAUUACGCUGACCUCCGAAGACAUCACCUGCUAUGUCGGCCGGGACAAACACGAGAACGAGUAUCUCAUCAAGUACGGAUGGCCGGGCGACAUUUGGUUCCACGUMGAGGGGUUGUCCUCGGCCCAUGUCUACUUCCGGCUCGAUUGUUUCGGAAACACCAAAAAUACCAGCAACACCAGCAGCAUUAAAGGCCUCCUGGGCCAGAUCCCGAUCGACGACCUUCCGGACGAGUCCGUCGAGGACAUGUGCCAGAUCGUYAAGCACAACUCGAUCUCUGGCUGCAAGCUAGCCUCGUGCAAGAUCGUCUAUACUCCCCACUCGAACCUGAAAAAGACCUUUGGGAUGGAAUCCGGAGCCGUCACCUACCAYAAYCCGAAGCUGCAGCGAUUCCGCCGCUGCGACAAGGACCGUCAGCGGAUCAAGUUGCUGGAAAAGACCAAGUCGAGCGAUCUGCAGAUCGACUACUACGAGGAAAUGAAGGCCAACGAGCGCAGGAUCAUCGAGUGGAAACGAUUUCUGCGGAAACAGGGCGGCGGAGGCAGCGGCGUCGAAAUCUACGAUCCGGUYCUGGACGACCUCCGGGGUGCGAAAGCGAAGGCAAACCGACAGGGCGACGAGUCGAGCGGCUUGGACUCCGGGUUGGCGGCUCUKGAAGAGCUGGGUCUCGGUGGCGGCGGCGCGGUGCAGCACCARCACGAUCGCGAUCCCACACGCYCCGUUGCUCCCUCCACCGGCAAGACGGCUUCCGGAAACGACGACGACGACGACGACAGCAGCUUUCUUCCGAUCUGGCAGCGGGAAGCCAAUGCCCGCCUCGAGGAACACACCGACGAGUCGGUGCGGUUCUUGCUGGCCCGUGGAUACACCCUCCAGGAAAUCCAAGGCCUCGAGGAACUAGAGACCGGGGAGCAGGUACAGCCGUCGGUUCUCUUGUCCAGGCUGUGGAAGAGGUUGGCGUCGGGUACGGACCAGCCGGGCAGCAGSGACGGGUGCGAAGAAGACGAAACCGAUCUCUGGUGCCGGAUCUACGAGUCGCGAAACGAGGAGAAGGACGUCCUGGAAGCGAUAUACGGGGAAGACGAUCUCGCACGCUUUGGAUGGAGAAACGACAACGAUGAAAGCGGGAACGACGACAGCGACGACGAUAGCGACGACGACGAGUGCGACGACCCUACCCGGCCCUUCUCCUUCGAUUGCGUCCUCCCCGUKCAGGGCUACGAACCACCGGAACGCUACGACUUUCCCCCGCCCCUCUUGCUGGAGGUCUACGUCGACCGUUCUUUGAGCUACUAUCCCUACGGCCGGUCUCCAUCGGCGCUCGAUCCCCCCGUCCUGGCACUGGUCGGCGGCGGGCUGCCGCAAUCCUACCUGAGGGAGGCCACCGACCGGCUCCGGGCUUCCGUCGAGGAAGACCUCGGCGGGAGCGACGCCGACGAGGGGGGGACCCCCCGGCUCUUCGACUGGCUGCAGCUGGCCGGGGAGCUCGCGGCGGAGGUCCUGGAGAAGGAGGAGGCCGACCUGGCCGAGAAGGCCCGCCUGGAGCGGGUCGCCAGGGCCAAGCGCGACCGGGAGGCCGCCAAGCAGCUGCGGGAGGAGCGCGCCAGGGAACAAAAGGAGCAGCAGGAGAAGCUCGCCUUUCGGUCCGAGGCCGACCGGAGGGCCUACGCCCAGGGGGUCCUGGCCAGGGGCCUGGCCACCGAGGGGCACGGCCGGAGSCCGGGCGAGAGCGGCGGMAAGGCCGGCAAGARCAAAACGAGAAACUACGACGCGGGCGCCGACAACCUGAGCCUGGUCAACGAUCUCUUUGGAUGACGCCGSCUCCGGCGCCAGUGGAGGGAACGGAUGGGUGCGGCCGCGUCUUGCCACGAUCGUGCACGACGAACACGCCCAACAGCGUACAGACGAACAAACCCAAGGCACUCGGAURGUGUUUUUGCUGGUGGCAGGCAUCGAAAGCGGGGGGCGAAAUUUAGAAUUCCGUACCGUGGCUCUGCUCUGGUCGAGGCUGCCACCGUUGCUAGGAAAAUGCGGUUGCGUGUAGCAGUGCUCUAAGUGUCUUGAGGAGAAGGAACGCACCGCUCCCGCAAUACUAUAGUAGAAAUAGAACAACACGGCCCUA